AUGGCGAAUGGAGUAGAGAGGGAAACUGGGUUGGUGCUGUUUAGCGAUGAUGAGCUGAGAGAGAUGAGUGGGGUCAACAGAGGCUCGGACCAUAUAGAGGUCACGUGUGGCUGUACCAGCCACAGAUAUGGUGAUGCUGUUGGGAGGCUUAGGGUUUUCGUCAAUGGUGACCUGGAAAUCACCUGCGAAUGCACCCCUGGUUGUCAGGAAGACAAACUGACUCCUGCUGCAUUUGAGAAGCAUUCUGGAAGAGAGACAGCUAGGAAAUGGAAGAAUAAUGUUUGGGUAAUUGAUAAUGGGAAGAAGGUUCCACUGUGUAAAACAGUGCUGCUCAAAUACCACAACGAGGCAUCAAAACAUGCUAAUGCUUCCCACAGAUCUAACAAUGGACGGGCUUGUCACCGUGAUGAGUUUGUUUGCUGUACUAGAUGCAACAAGGAGCGCAGGUUUCGUCUCCGGACAAAAGAGGAAUGCCGGAUUCACCAUGAUGCUUUAGCUGAUGUGAACUGGAAAUGUGCUGAGCUGCCAUAUGACAAUCCAUUAACCAUUGUUAACAAUGUGAAGCAUAUGAACAAGCUUGUUCCAUACUUAUGCUAA